CAGAAGUGCCUGUGAGUCCUGUGCGUCCUGUGCGUCUGGAAUGAUGGAUAAGUUCAAAACUGUUCUUAAAAUUGUUGAGAAACAGCAGACUAGUCUUGGGUUUGGUUUAGUUGCAUUGUUAACUGCAGGCGGGGAACAGAUAUUUUCGUCAGUGGUGUUCAAAUGUCCUUGCAGUGGCUGGAACUUUUCCUACGGCAUGGUGUUUCUCUUAGUGCCUGCUCUGGCACUGUUGGUGUUGGGUUACGUCAUGAGCAAUAAAACAUGGAAAUUGUUUACAGGUUUGUGUUUACGCAAAUCCAAAUUGUGUAAUUUUAAAUAUUUUUGCGCCUGUGGGGUGGUCUMCUUUCAGAUCACCACGACAGCAGUAGUUGCACCUGUGAGUUGGAUUGCAGUCGCUCUGCUCAAUGGCAAUUACUUCGAAUGCGCCAUGACUGGUAUCAAUGUAACGGUUUUCACAAACCACCUUUGCGAUGGGAAGAGUCCGCAGUGCCUGGAUGAACUUUAUAAAUUCCCCUGUGYGAGAGCCACACACGUGCCACUAUCUGACAGCAAUGAUGUGCUCGCAACCAUCCGCGCUGAGUCGCAGGUCCUGGGUUGGCUACUGAUCGCCUCCAUCAUGGUCUUCAACCUCCUGCUGACCUGCGUUGCCCGGUGUAACUCCCCAGUCAGCUACCUGCAGCUGAAGUUCUGGAGGGUCUARGCCCAGCGGGAGAGUGACCUGCUGGAAAACUACACGGCAGAUCACGCCGAAAAGCUUGCAGAGAGGAACCUGAAGAGCUUCUUCCAGCAGACGCCUCCAGAYCCUGUCACGACCCCAUCUAACCGGGCCUGGGAGAAGAUCUCGUCCCUCUACAGGUUCAGCACCAGAGACCACUACUACAGCAUCCUGCACAAGUACGUGGAGAAGUGCCAUGACRCUGCAGAGGCCAGGGACCACAGGAUGUCAUCUGUCAGGUCAGACGGUCCAGACACUGCUAAUCCAGCCGUGCUCGCCUUUGUGGAUGAGGGCAAGAUGAUGCUGUGAAUGGGCAUGCAUAUGAUCAUAGYAACAGCAGUGACAGCAUCACUAUCAUGACAUUAUCUGUAACCAUCCUUAUUUACUUUUAGCAUCAAAGUUAGGACUCAUUAUAGAGGAUUGUUGUCAGCAUUAUACUCUUCGUCGUCAUCAUAAUCAUCAGUGUGCAUCAGGGGAUUUUUCAGUAGAAAGACCAAUCACAUCUGAUUAACCACUCUCAGGUCUUUGCUUGAAUAACAAUAGUUCCCAAUUUUAUAUUGUAAUUUUAUACAAAACUGCUUGCAGCUUUUUAUUUGAAAUUCUAUGCUCAGAAGGGAUUUUAUUUUAAAUAGUUGAUCAUACUUUCUUUCUCUUUUACUUUUCUGUUUAGUAUUUUUAUGCCCCUCAGACUUGGCCUACAUACGGGUGGUCUGUGGCAUUAAACAGGAAACAGGAAACAGGAAACGCAUGGUCUGGUUCUAUAAAAUAAGGAGCUAGUUUGUGCACUGCGAAAUACUUUCAAUAAAAGCCUGUUACCAGUG